AUGUCUCGCACUUGGAGUGCCUAUUUCGAUGUAACCCGUCCCGAAGAUUAUCGUUUUCUAAAUUUUUACGAGUACCGAUUACAACAAUCCGACUUCACCUCUUCUUUUCGACAAGAGUCUGACAAACUGAAAAAGGAUCUCGCUAUUCUGAUAACAAAUGGCUCGGACAAAAUGAAGAAGGGAGGCUUCCACAGCUAUGGUGGGCACCUGCUUGCUGCCCACCUUACGGUCUGCUUGCCCGCUGUGGAAAAGGAAAACCCUCACAACUACGGUAGACACCUGCUCGCUGUCUAUCUUACGGGUCAUCAGGAAUAUUUUAGUGAAGUUGAUGCGUUUUGGUUGGAAAUUGAACUACACGAAGAAUUGCAUGUCAUUGAGGUAGAAGCUUCUAAAUCAAUUAUGCACGAUACCAAGAAUGUUAUUGAUACUGCCAUCGGAAAUGCUCGUUCUACUAUCAAGAACAUAAAUACUAGACUGGUAUGA